CUAAUUUCUACGCCUUCGCCUUUCCUCUACAACUACAAUCACACUCUCUAGGGGGAAAAAAAAAUGGCAUCUUCAUCGUCUGCUUCUUCAUCUGGAGUUACAGAGAGAAGGGGUAUUCCGGCGGCCGCUUUUGUGGAAGAUGUCCAGACUUAUCUCACUCAAUCAGGUCUCGAUGUCAAUUCUUCCCUCGCUUUCCUCCAAGAAAGAAUUCAACAAUACAGGUUGGUUGAGAUGAAACUUCUGGCGCAGCAGAGGGAUCUUCAGGCAAAGAUCCCCGACAUUGAGAAGUGCUUAGAUGUAGUUGCGACUUUGCAAGCUAAGAAGGUUACUGGUGAGGAGCUUAUUGCUGAUUUUGAAGUAUCAGAAGGCAUCUAUUCACGGGCGCACAUCGAGGAUAGCAAUUCGGUAUGUUUAUGGCUGGGAGCAAAUGUCAUGUUGGAGUAUUCAUGUGAAGAGGCCACUGCUCUUCUACAAAAGAAUUUGGAAAAUGCUAAAGCCAGCUUAGAAGUUCUUGUUGCUGAUCUACAAUUCCUAAGGGAUCAAGUGACGAUUACGCAGGUCACAGUUGCUCGUGUCUACAAUUGGGAUGUGCAUCAACGCAAAAUCCGACAAGCUGCUGCUUCCGAAGACUCGUGAGAGAAAUCCGGCUACUCCCAAACAGUGUGGCAGUACCUGCUUUUCUACCCAAGAAUAUGGUUUGGAUCUCUCUUAUUUAUUCCUUCAGGUGAUGAGAUUGUCUUUCCUUGGUUUCUUACCUUACUAGAGCUUUUAGUCGAAAUUUUGAUACACUGAAAUAGAUCUGUUGUAUGAUAAAUAUGUCAUAUUCAUCUCAAUAGCUUUGCUGCAAUGAUGAGACUGACUGGGCUUGAGCUUGAGCUGUAACAAUAUGAUUGUCAAAAUUUAAUACAGUUUAGAUUUAUGAUGUGCUUCA